AUGAUGCAGAAUAAACGCCGAAUUCAGGCGCUGUAUCGCUGUCACGUUGCGCAAUGUGGCACGGGGUUCAAUGCACUCCUCCUCCUUGAGUCCAAGCCAGACGUCUCCUUUUCCCCAAUGCACACGGUAAAAACGGCUGUGUUUCCCGCGUCGCACCAGCACGCGCUCUGCCCAAUUAUCCUCAAAAAUCGCAGCCACCGUUGGACUCCCAAUGACGUCGGCAUCGUCUGUGCCCAUCGCGCCCUCCCAUUGCUUUGGGCGAACACACUACACCACCUUCACCGCCGCGAAGCAAGAGGCAAGAAGUCACAACAACAGCAGCAAGAACGAAGGUGGACAAGUGCGAACUAG